AUGGCGCUCUUCGCAGAGGGUCCCACAGAAACGACGGGGAAGCGGGGCGGGAGAGAGAAGGUCAGCCCAGCGCCAGGCCUGUUGUCUGGAUGGCAGCUCUUCGAGAGCUCCCCUCCUAACCCGCCUGGGGUAGGCUGGCUGGGGCCAGAAAAAAUCCAAAUAGAGCUGCCCCCUUUGCUCGAAGGGAAAAACGGAGCCCAGGCGGAGGCAGAGGCGCCUCCAGGCGACCCCUCGGAGCGAUGCGAGGACCAGGUGGAAGUGCAGGUGGACUCGGACUCGGACCCGCUCCUCAACCAGGCCAAGGGACUGGGCAGUUAUCUCUUCAGUUUUGCCACUACAGCCACAAAAAAGAUAUCUGAAUCAGUUGCUGAAACGGCACAAACUAUAAAGAAGUCUGUAGAAGAAGGAAAAAUAGAAAAUAUAAUUGACAAGACGAUUAUAGGAGAUUUUCAGAAGGAACAGAAAAAAUUUGUUGAACAGCAACACACAAAGAAAUCAGAAACAGCUGUGCCUCCAUGGGUAGACAGCAAUGAUGAAGAAACAAUUCAGCAACAAAUAUUGGCCUUAUCAGCAGACAGAAGAAACUUUCUGCGUGACCCACCAGCAGGAGUGCAGUUUCAUUUUGACUUUGAUCAGAUGUUUCCUGUGGCAAUGGUGAUGCUCCAGGAAGACCAAGUGCUAAAUAGAAUGAGAUUCGAUCUUGUCCCGAAACAUGUAAAAGAAGAGGUGUUCUGGAGGAAUUACUUUUACCGUGUUUCCCUAAUUAAACAGUCUGCACAACUCACUGCACUGGCAGCACAACAGCAAGCAGUAAGAAAGGACAAGAAUAGCAGUGAAGAAGAGGGACAGUUAGCAGAAACGGUGAGACCGAAGACACCACCAGUAGCAAUCAAGUCUCAGCUAAAAUCUCAAGAGGAGGAUGAAGAAAUUUCAACCAGCCCGGGUGUAUCAGAAUUUGUGAGUGAUGCUUUUGAUGCGUGCAACCUAAAUCAUGAGGAUUUGAGGAAAGAGAUUGAACAACUGGUGCUUGACAAGAAAAAGGAAGUAACCACAGUAGAAGAGGAAACUGCAGACUGGGAAAAAGAGCUACAACAAGAGCUUCAAGAAUAUGAAGUAGUGACAGAGUCAGAAAAGCGAGAUGAAAACUGGGACAAAGAAAUAGAGGAAAUGCUACAAGGAGAAAAUUAACAACUUUGCAUAAAUAUUUCCACAGAACUGACAUGAACUUGUUUUUGUACUUUCUUCUGGAUUUUUUCCCCUCAGGCACAAAUUUGCUCUUUGUAAAUAAGACUCCACGUAACUUGUAAUCAAAUGUAGAAACUGUCCUCUGAAAAUACUGUCUAUAAUCCAGUGGGGUGUAAGGCAAGUUUGGCUUGUGUUUUAGAACUCUUGUUACAGCUGCAGACUUCAUUAGUAUCUUCAAAAGUUAAGAGAAUUACACAUAUGGAUUUCAGUGCAAAAAUGGAAAAUGCUGUGGGGCAGAGAUGAGAGAAUGCCCAGUGCACGUCCAUAAGUUGCAGCUUAUGCCUAAAACUAUUCUUUGGAUCACUACUGUUGGUUUUUAAUUGUUUUGGUAUUUUGGGGGCUGAAUAGAAAAUGUUAUUUGGAUCUUUAGACAAAAGUAUCUGUUUUGUGAACGAAUUACAAAAAGCAGUAUGAGAUUAUAUUUUGAUCCCUACUACAGCUCAUCAACAAAUAACAGUUUAUGAGAAUGCAUCUAGCCGUUAGCUUUUUAAAAAAUACAACACUGGCUGAAA